CCGCGAACCAUGAAGGGAAUCGGAAUUCUGCUGGUGGUGGCUUUGAGCUGCGGGUUUUUGGUGGUUUCCGCCGUAAACCUGCCCGGAGUGCCAAUCGACUUCGAUGUGGACGACAAGAUCCUGUCCGCCAUCGCGGAUGACAUAUCCGAGCGUCUGGCCAAGGAAUACAUUACCUUUUUGAAGACCGGAGUGGAGACCCCCGAGUUCCUGAAGCUCACCAAUCAGCUGGCCAAGUCGCACAGCCCGAGGGAUAUAUUCACCAAAAAUAUGCCCGAUCUCGAGCCCAGGGACAGCUUCUUUGUGUGCGUGGCUUGUCGGUCGGUCAUCCGGGUUUUCAUCCGCACCAUUCGCGAGGAGGAGGGCGAACUUCACGGGGAUGAUAGUUCCGUCCUGAUGAAGGACUUUGCCAUGGAUGUGUGCCGCAGAUUGAACCUGCAAACGGAGGAGGUCUGCGAGGGUCUGAUUGACUCCAAUCUGCCCACCGUGGAGUACAUUAUGCGGAACUCGGAGAGUGACUCGCAGAGCUUCUGUUCCCUGUUCAUGGAGUUUAGCUUCUGUAACACCGGUUCCAAUGCGGACUACAACUGGACUUUGCCAGUGGAUAAUACUGGCGAGUCUUUGACUGGGCCCAAGUCUGAUACUCCUCGCUUUAGCGACGAUGACAUCAGAAUCUGCCAGUUUACCGACAUUCAUCACGAUCCCUUGUACGUUCCCGGAAGUCUAGCUUCGUGUGCGGAACCCAUGUGCUGUCAGAGGAAUAAGGAUACGGUUGAGGGAACGAGUGAGGCAGCUGGUUACUGGGGUGACUACAGGGACUGCGAUCUGCCGUGGCACGCCUUUGAAUCCGCUUUGGAUAACGCAGUGGCUAACUCGAAGUGUGAUUAUGUGUAUCAGACUGGAGAUAUUGUCGACCACAUGGUGUGGGCCACCUCCGUGGAGAAGAAUACUGGAGUGCUGACCAAGGUUAGUCAGCGUUUGAACGAGGCAUUUGGAGAUGUUCCCGUCUAUCCUUGCAUCGGAAACCAUGAGCCCCAUCCCCUGAACCUCUUCAGUCCCGAGGGUGUUCCGGAUGAGAUCAGCACCAAGUGGCUGUAUGAGCACCUGUACAACGACUGGUCCAAGUGGCUGCCGGAGGAAACCAAGGAGACGAUCCUCAAGGGAGGUUACUACACGGUGGUGCCGAAGAAGGGAUUCCGUAUCAUCGCUCUUAACAGCAACGACUGCUAUACGGACAACUUCUGGUUGUACCACAGUGGCACUGACAAGAUCCCCCAACUCCAGUGGUUCCAUGACACGCUUUUGGAGGCUGAAAAAGCCGGGGAGUACGUCCAUGUGUUGACCCACAUCCCUUCGGGCGAUGGAACCUGCUGGUCCGUUUGGGCCCGAGAAUUCAACCGCUGCAUCACCCGGUUCAGCAAGACAAUCAGUGGAAUCUUCACAGGACAUUCGCACAAGGACGAACUGUUCGUCUACUAUUCCGAAGAUGAGGGACAUGCCACGGCGGUGGCCUGGAACGGAGGUGCUGUCACCACCUAUUCCAACAAAAACCCCAACUACAGGGAGUACGCCGUGAAUUCCGAGACCUACACCGUGAGCAACCAUUGGACCUGGAUCUACAACCUGACGGCUGCCAAUCUGAAGCCAGAUGAGCAGCCCGAGUGGUUCCUGGAGUACGAGUUCAUCAAGGAGUUCACCGAGGACACGAGUCCUGCGGGUAUUGACAAGCUCCUCGACGAGUUUGCCGAGAAUCCCGCACUACUGAGGAAGUACUGGCGUUUCCGUGUGACCUCAGCCGAUCCCCAGGUUAAUGAAGGAUGCGAUCGCACCUGCUUGGCAGGAUCUCUUUGCCGCGCUGCUGUGACCAUCAAUUCCCAGCGAGGACGUUGCGAGGAGCUGCGGGAAAAGCUGUUUGCCUCUUUGGACAAUGAGGAAAAUACUACACCCAGCAACACCACUCCUGGUGGCAGUGAUCCCAGCAGCACCACUCCUAGUGACGACGAUGACAACGGCGGCGGAGGAGCCUCCACCUUGGGUCUGCUCAGCAUUAGCUCCUUGCUGGCCAUAGUCCUCUCCAUCCGCCUUAGUUUCUAAAGACGCUCAUUUCAUAUCCCCUAAGUUAUAUAAUGCUAAUUCCAUUCUGAAAGUGACCACUCUCAAGUGGCAAAUAGAAGUAUGCGCUUAUCCCAAUCAAAGCUAA